AUGGUUGGAUUACUAAAUCCUGUGAAAUAUGGUGGAAAUUUUUAUGAUUUAUAUACACUUAAUACUAGAAGGAAAGUGCAAACAGAUCGCAAAACAAUCGGUAAACGUAAGAACAAGGAUAAAAAGGCACCCAUUGCCAUUCUAGAGGGAAAUCCAGAUUUACGCAUUGUUAAUCCUCUGGAUCCUCCCCUAAUAAAAGAACAACUAUUAUUAUGCCCAGCAUUUCCGGUGGCACAUAUAGAACUACAAUCGAAUGCCUCACAAUUUGCGGUAUUUUCAGCCAUACGUUCCACCGUGUUGGAAGCAGAGACCAGACGUUUGCUAUUCUAUGAGCUUAGUGGAAAUGUAAGAAAUUUACCCCACAUCAAUUCAACAUGUUGUUUACUUUGUGUGGGCGCCUGUUUGACGGGCAAUCAAAUGGAAUGCUCCUGUCACACACUCAAUGCUUUGCAACAGGUCAAUAAUGCUGUGGCUGUUGGGGCACAACAGGGUGCGGCUGGCGAGAAAAGAUCUAGACAAGAUUCAGCCAAUAGUGAUGUAGAGUCUGAGUCGGAGGAAUGCAGUGAAAAGGAGUGUAAGGUUAUAACAGUGCCCCUAAUUGUGGGAGCUGGCUUGCGUAGUUUGUUUGAGUUGAUAUCAGAAGCUAGACAUAUACAGCCCAUGCUAUGCUCGAAGGCCUUAAAGGCUUUACUGGAUGUUAUACAAGGACAACAGCCGGAAUCGUUUAAGAAUGAGCCAGACGAAUUGAUAAAUCCUUUGUAUGAUUUGUUGUUGGAUUUGGCCACAAUGUCGGCGGCCGAAAAUGUGGUAACGCCUGCUACACCAGAAGCAGAUUGGUCUGCUGUGGCUUGUUCGGCUUUGGUGGGCCUCUGCAUUGCCAGAGGAGAUACUGGCAAAAUGCUUAAGGCCAUAGCGGCUUUAAUAAUGUCACCACGUCCGUUGUCCUUGCAACUCAUACAAAUGCCGGCGGUUUUGGGCAUGCUGCAGCGUACGGUGAUAAGCGCUGCCUUGGGUAAGCCCACAUGUCCCGAUUUCUAUACCAAAGGAGUGCCGGUUAAUUCAUUAGUAGAUGAGUUUGCUAUUAAAGCUCCUAUGGUUGGUUUUACCGAACCAGCUUUAGCCUCGGAUGGUACUUAUUUAUAUCUGUUAUUAGGCGGUGCUUUAUUGAAAAUUGGCACUGGCUAUAAUGGCUCCUACAAGGGUCAUAUCUAUAUGCAAAAUGAUGAAUUUACUAAAGAAAAAACCGGAUGGCUGGGCUUUAGCAAUGGCCAACUGUACUAUAGACGUAAUUCAAAACGCAAUGCCGAUCAUUUGCAUUUGGUAAAUACCGAAUCUUUGACUAUAAAAAGCAUGAAUCCAGUCAAUAUGUUGCCCAUAAGAGAGGGUUUCAAUUACACUUUGUUUACGGAUGAGGAUUCUUUGAAUGCAAUUUGCACUAAUCGAGAUGAUACGUUGGUGGUGCGCCGUUUAAAUAUAUGCCACCAGAAUAGAUCUACUGAACGCGACAAUUCCAUACCCGUUGAGUUGCCCUUGCAAUUGUCUCGCAAACGUUUUCGCACUUUAGGCUAUGCCAACUUUGAGGAGGAAGUUUUAAAUCAAAAUCAAAUAUUGAAAAUACAGGCGUCUUAUAACAUCUUUGAGCCCAAAAUUCCCAAUGAUGUGGAUUUACAAGAAAUUGUUUGUGGCAAAGAGUUUGGUUUGGUCAGUGCCACCAAUGGCAAAGUUUAUUUUUAUGGCAAAUCUGUGGCUUUGGGUUUAAAAUCUGUGGGUCGUACUCCCAUUAUGAAGCUAACCGAAUUGAUUAUAUCGAAAAUAUCACGUAUUACUCAUAUUGCGGUGGGCCAUGAUGGCAUACAUGCUCUGUUGGUGAAUGAUGAUGGCACGGUGUAUUUUGCCGGCACUGCCAGAAGAGGUGAGGAUGGUGAUAUUAGCAAGAAUCGCCGACAACCUAAGGCGGUUAAACCUAAAAAGAUGACAAAAAUCGAGGGUCAUUUUAUUGUACAGGCUGCCUGUAAUAACGGCACCUCCGCGUUUGUUACCAAAACGGGUAAAUUGAUAAUGUUCGGCAAAGACACGGUGCACUGUGAUGCCCAGGGUUUUGUCAGCGAUUUCUCCGAUCAGCAUAUACAAAAGGUGGCUUUGGGCAAAGCCCAUUGUGUGGCCUUAAAUGCCAAAGGUCAAGUGUUUACCUUUGGCCUCAACAACAAGGGACAAUGUGGUCAUGUUUAUAAUAAAUCAAAAGAUGCCAGUUUUUCCUACUCCUCAGCUGACAAUGGCUCGGGAAAAUCUUCUACUCCUUUAAAGAAAUUGAAAUUUGAUUUUUCCAAUCUGUGUGAUUAUGAUGAUCACAAUGUUAUACAGGGCCAGUGUCGUGUUUGUGCGGUGUGCCGUGAAUGUACGGGCUAUAAUGUGUCGUGUGUGUCGGCUUUAAAUGUGCCCCUGGAAGAAAGAGUAGCUGGAGCUCCCUGUGCUUGUGGUCAUGGUGAUGCUGGAUGUUCGAAAUGUGGUCUAUGUACUUCAUGCAUUGGUGUACAGGAAGCUGAAAAUGGUAAAUAUAUAUUCUGUUUUAAAUCUUCAAGAACUACCACUUAUUUUUAUUUAUUUCCAGUUUCAGACACUAAAGAUUCUAACAAACAACUAAAUCGCCAACGUUCCAAAAGUCUUAUAAUGCGUCGCAAAGAAAAGAAAAGUGCUGAUGAGGCUUCUAGUCACGCCGAAGAUAAUCCUCCUAGAGUGGCUCCCUUAGCACCACAACUGCUGAGUAUGCCCUCAACAUCGCCCGUGGUACAAGUAUCAUGUGGUUUACACCAUACUGUUGUACUCACACUUUCCGGUGAGGUAUAUGCCUUCGGCAGCAAUCAGUUUGGUCAAUUGGGUACUGGGGAUAUGCAACCUGCCAGUGGACCUGUACGCAUAAGCGUAGCUGGAAAUGUAUGUCAAGUGGCCGCUGGCAGUAAUCAUACCGUGUUGUUGACCUAUAAAGGUUUGGUCUACACAUUUGGUAACUUUCAAAAGGGUCAACUCGGUCGUUUGCCACAUGAUUUUCAACAAAAGGGUGCCAGUAAUACAGACAGGGACAAAGCAAAUAAUCCGGUAGGCUUAAGAGAAUCGUUGGGCAAUAAUGAGCCAGCUCCGGAGAAACCGACAGUGGCCCAAUUAAUAGCUCAGAGACAAAAGAUAUUGUGGCAUUGUACCCCUGGAGUAGUAUUUGGUAUUGGUCCUAGUUUUGGCAAAAAAGCCACCUGGAUAGGAGCCAGUGGUGAUCAGACUUUUAUAAAAGUCGAUGAGUCGCUGAUAACAACACAAAUGUUGCCUAAAAUGAAUGUGGCCGCCAAUAAGAAAACCAUAUUAAUGAUACCCACCAUUCCCUUGACAUUCCAUGCCAUUUCCAUCAAUCGUCGUGAUGGCAAUUGCACGGCUCACUACUUCAAUCAAGUGGAUUUCGUUAAAAUGGAACAUGCCAACAAACCCAAAGUUGUGCCCGAAGUCAAUCAAAAUGUUGAUCAGAAUAUGGUACAAAUGGGUCCUUCCUCCUCCUCAAAUGCCAUCAAUGAGCAAAUGUCACGCAGCAUGCAUGAGGCUAGAAAUCAAUUAUUCGAUUUACAAGAUAAUCACAUGCAUAAUGCCUCCUCAUCGCAACGUAAAGACAGACAGCGUGGCUCACUCAAUACUGUAUCGGCGGGUUCACUAAAUACUGCCUUGCCUUCAGUGGUGUUAGGCGACAAAAGCUAUUCCAAGCUGGCCUUUGCCAUGGAUCCCAUGUACAAUGUGUUGUGGGUUUAUGAUAGUAAUCAGAAAAGAGUAUUAAGCUACAAUGUUUUGGCCAGCGAUAUAAUAUCAGCAGCAACAAAUUGUUCCAAUUAUCAUGCUUUGUUGACUCCCGAAUUGUCUUUGCCCAAUAAAUUUGAUUCGCACAUCUCACGUUUACAUGCUUCUCUAAAUCUUUUGGCUUGUUUGGAUGUUUUGACAUCAGCCCAGGAUGUGAUCCCCGCUUGUUUUGAAGAUGUUACACCCAAAGAGGACAACCAACACAAGGAUACCAAAGAUAAUCAAUAUCAGGUGGUUAAUCGUUUUGACAAUUUCGGUGGUGGUUGGGGUUAUUCUGGUCAUAGUGUAGAGGCUAUACGGUUUUCAGCUGAUACAGAUGUGGUCAUAUAUGGCUUUGGCAUGUUUGGUGGUCGAGGUGAAUACUCCUGCAAACUAAAACUAUACGAUAUGGGCUCCGAUGGCGGUGGCUAUGAAAAAGAUGGCACCCUAAUAAGUGAAACCAAAGAGGUGCCGUUUGAAUGUCCAGCCCGUAGUAAAUUUCAUAUUUUAUUACCCAAGCCCAUUAAUACCAUGGCCGGCAAAUGGUAUUUGGUGUGGGCACGUAUUGCAGGACCCUCUUCAGAUUGUGGUUCAUGUGGCCAGGCCACGGUGACCACAGAAGAUCAAGUUGUGUUCACCUUUAAAUCAUCUAAGAAAGCCAACAAUGGCACCGAUGUCAAUUCAGGACAAAUACCAGCCAUACUCUAUCGUUUGAUAACACAAGAAACUAAACCUUCAACCGCUCCCGUCGACAUUGAUCCCGUGAAAAUGGUAACCAAGGAGUUUGCCAAUUCAGUGAACAAAGAAUGCUUCGAGAGCUUGGUAUUAAUGUUAAAUUGGUCGUGGGAGGCUUUUAAGGGUUAUUUGCGCGAACAAAGGGACAUGGCCCAUCAUCUGGAAGUUAAACAAUCUUUGGAAUAUUUAAUACAUGUUAAUAAGUCCUGCCUGAGAUUGUUAAGGAAAUAUACCAAUGAAAUUUAUCCACAAUAUGGACAAACUGAUGAGAUAGCUGAUUAUAUUUCAACGGGUUCACAAAGGCCCUUAAGUAAUCGUUUGGAUAAGGACAUGAGCAAAUUUGCAAAGCCCUAUAAUUCGGUAAUAACAAAAUAUUUCAACGAUAACAAUAUUGGAGGCAGUCAAACAACCAUGAGAAAAUCCAACAUGGAAAACAUACAAUUGGCUGAGUGUAUUGGCAAUGUAAGGGCCAUGCUAAUAGGCAUCUUUUGUGAUGAUUUGUUCCAGGAUAUAACCAAUGAUGAAGCCUUGACCAUGGCUUUGGAGAUACUUGAUGAAUGUCACAUUAGUUUUGUGGCCUGUUUUGGGGUAUUUUAUCCCACCUCAACCUUGAAAUGGAAUUGUUUGUGUGAUUUGUUAUCGGAAAUGGACAAGCAAGGUACUUUACACUCACGUUUAUUGAGUGCCAUUUUGGCGGGCUUGUGCUCACCCACGGUAAAACUACGUUCAACAUUUGCUUUGUUAAGCCAGAGUGGCGAUCGCCAAUCCAUUAUUAGUCCUAGUGAUAAUUCUGGUUUACCCAUGCUGUCAUCUACAGAUUCUCAUCAGUAUCCCAUAUUGGUGGAACAAAUGAUUUAUCGUACGCAACAGGAAAAACGUGACUUCCUCAGCAAUUCCUGGACCUUUAAGGAUGUCUUAAUGCGUUUGUUAGAUAUUAUAGCCAAUCCUAUAAGAGAUCGUUUGGAAAAUAUCUACAAUCGUAGUAUCCACUACAAUUAUUCUAGCAGCAGUUUCUCCGCCAAAGAUUUCAAUCAGGGUCUUAUAGAUAAUUGUUGUCAUUUGUUGGCGCGUGUGUUGGCGGAAAUUGUCUAUCAAACCGCUAUAGGAGAUUACGACAAAAUGUUUAUACCACCACGAACCUUACAUUCAUCAGGAUCUCGUUUUGGUCGCUGCGAUCAAAAUCGCACUUGGAAUACGGGCAGUUUUGGCCCUGAUGCUAUAGCAUUUUCCGUAGAUCGUUCUGGUCUAGCAAUUGCCGGCUGUAUGGUUUACUCGGGUUCAGGCAGCUACGAAUAUCAACUAGAGCUUUUAUAUGAUAAUUCGGGCGAUGUACAACAACCCCUGCAGCAGCAACAACAUAAAUGGGAAACAUUGGAAUCUGUAUCGGGUACCUAUGAUCAAGCAGCGGUACAAAACGAUAUGGCUGAAAUCAAAUUUGAAAGAUCUGUGUUGAUAAAGGAAAAUACCCGCUAUGCCUUGAGAUUUUGCUCUCAGGGUCAUCGCACCUGUUCGGGAGAUGGUGGCAUGCCUUCGAUACGAGGACCUUGUGGCUCUACCUUCCACUUCUAUGCCUGUGAUCUCAGUUUCAAUGGUACUAAUGCUCAUCGUGGUCAAAUACCCAGUAUACUCUACUACAGUACACCCAUCAAGCAGGACUCUAAUGCUACAGCCAAUGGUGCCGGCUCUGCAUGUCCCAUAAAUGGUAUCAACGACACCACUCUUUCCAAUGAAAUAACCAUGCGUGAUACAGCCUUACAAAUUGCCACGGAUAUUACCAAAAAAUGCACAGAACUACUGGUGUUGGCGCGCAAUACUUUGGCCGCUUCAUUGUCACCUUCCGACAACUCCUCGAAUCAUUCACAAACCAUAGAUUCGGAGCACAAUAUAACACCAAUUGAAGAGCAUAUGGAUAUUAAUUGGGCCAACAAUUCGAGAACCUCUCAUCUACCAGCCGAAGCUGGUGGCAUAUCGACAGCUAGAGAUCUAUCCAAACGUUUGGAAUCAUUUUCCAAGGGCAUUAUAGAAACUUUAAAGUUUGAGAAAAGAUCCACCAAUCCCUUUGAAAUGGAAAUUGAGAUUGGCGCCACGGAGAUCCAUCCAAAAGAUAUAAUGAUUGAGGAGAGUUCAUCAAUUCAUGAUUUAAAUUUCCGUAAUGGACAGAUCACUAAGUUUAAUGGUAAUGAGCGUGUUGGUGCUGAGGCGGUGGAAAGUUUAAUGGGUGCUUCUCAGUAUAAUCCGGGACUUAUAGGGCGUGCUGAUUCGGAGGAAACGCCAGCUCAAAUGGCAGCUAUUCAAAUAUUGGAUGUUUUCAAUAUUGGAUCAUCGAAUUUGUUUCAUACUCUAUUGCCUCUGGUUUAUGCUCAUAUUGCGAAUUUGGCGUGUAAUGAUGCAAAGAGCUCCGUUCAAAUACUGGGUUUAAUCAAGGACAUUUUACCACACAUUGCUGCUCUCAAUCAAUUGAGUUCCACCAAAGACGGCACAAAUCAAUCCAACAUAACAGUGCCACGUUUACGACCCGUAUUUGAAUCACUCAAUAAAAAACUCGAACUCAUUAAUAACGAAGAGUGCGGCAAUGCUUUAGUUGGUGAUGCCAUCAACAACCAACAGCAACCACCAAACGAUAAUCCACCAAGUGAGGUGCCUACAACGAGCAAUCAUUAUUGUGUAGUGGAAAGUGAACAUCCCUAUAGAAGUGCAUCAAUCAAUUGUUAUCGCGUUGAAUUUCCAGCCUGUGUACAAUGGUUGACUAUUGAAUUUGAUGCCCAAUGUGGUACUGCUCAAUUGGAAGAUUAUUUAUUGGUCUCACUGCCCGUUAGACCUAUGACGAGUGCCGAAACAACGCCAGCCAAUGAGGAUUAUUAUGAUAUAUUGGAUAAUAAUGUCAAGACAAGUAGAGGGGUGCAAAGUAAAAGUGCCAAUUUAAUGAGUACUUGUUAUAAGUUGUCGGCCCACAAGGAGGGACAGCAGAAAAAUGAACCGGACUGGUUUGUGGUGAAAAAAUUCAAUACACCCUCCAACUGGUUGCAAAAUGUUAUGAUUUUACCUGGCAAUUGUGUGGAGUUUUCUUUGGAAACCUCCUCAUUGUAUGCCCAAGAUCCUCAUGUUAAUCGUUAUGGUUUUAAAUGUUUGGUAGUGGGCUAUGAUAAUCCUGUAUUGUUAAAUGGCAAUAAUUCCUGUUUGGUACGCAUAGAACAGGAGUUAUCCUACUUGGGUGGCAUGUGCAGUGCGAAUUUAAUGAAGAAAAAUUUAAGUUUACCCGAUGACAAAGAUGUAGAAGAUUUGUCUAGUAUUAGCGAGACUAUUAGCACACAUUUUGCUUUGCUGUCUAAAGGUCUGGCUUUAGCAGAACCUGAGCUAAGCAUACAUCAAGCCUUAGAAUCAUAUUUACCAAUUGGUUCCCAAUCGAAUGAGCGUCAAUUUUUAAAGGAUUUCAUAAGUGGUGCUCCUGGUUCAUCUGGCGCCCGUUUAGCCGCCUGGCUGCAACCAGAACCUCGCUUGGAUCCCAAUAAAUGCGAAUUGAAUACAAUUACUGAACCAUUACGUUACGGUUGGCCAACUCAAAUUACGGUCACUAUACGAGAUCAGUAUGGGGAUGCAAUUGUUGUGCCCGAGUUAAAGGUGGAAAUCAAAGCCAUACCUACCGGUUCCUCGGGCAAUGGAAACAUCAAAGUUCGACGGGCUUCUCAAACAGACACCUAUUACGGUGGAAUAGCACCACCACCUCGACAAAAUUAUGAGCCAACAAUUAAAGAGAAAAUGUGUUUCAAGGCCAUAACAUUUAUGAAAUCCUACAACAAUUAUUCAUUCGAAGAAUUACGCUACAGCAGUCCCAUACAAACAAGAGUAACUGAGUCCCUAUAUGCUCAAGAUAUGGAAGAUGGUACAUUUAGUGUGCAUUGGACACCAAAUGCUGUGGGCAGCUAUUGUCUAACCGUCACCAUAGAUGGUAUUCUAUUGGAGGAAGUGUAUCGUGUAGAGGUGAAGGAAGGCAGCAUACCACCACCGGCCCACAAAAGAGUAAUGAAAAAUCCUCAUACACCCAAUAAGCUAAGGAAAUUUUAUACCAAAAAUACGGCGGGUUUGCGUAUACGUUCCCAUCCCACUUUACAGUCCGAACAAGUGGGAGUGGUCAAGUUAAAUGGCGUUAUCUCAUUCAUAGAUGAAAUUGAGAAUGAUGAUGGUGUGUGGUUGAGAUUAUCAACAGAAUCUAUUAGGCAACAUUGUACCAUGGGCUGGUAUCCCACGGAGGCCUGGUGUUUGCAAUACAAUCAACAUUUGGCUAAAACUCUGUUACAUCCAGUGGUUGAACCUACUACAACAAAUGCUACUACGACAAGCAAUGAAAAUAAUUUGGUUGAUUCAAAUGCAGAAGUACAGCCCAUGUCUCCUUUACCCACGGGUGUUGGUGAAAAUCGACCAAAAGCUCGUGACAUUUUGGAUAAUCUAGAACCUAUAACGGCUUCUUUGGAAUCACCGCCACCUAGCAGUGAUAAGCAGGAAUCACCCACUAAAAAUGUUUUCGAUUUUGCCAUAUCUUCCACUUCAUCAUCCAAACCAGGUGAUUUUCCUCAUGUAUCCACCAAUCCAUUUAUAUGUGCUGAUAGCGAUGCCAAACCAGAACAUCCGUUUGGCAGUGUAGGCGAUAACAAGUCAGAGGAUUCUUUCAAUUCCGGUAAUUCGGCCGGUGUAAAUCAAAUAGGUUCUGCCAUAGCUGGGGUAGUGGGUGGAGGAGCUAUUAAAUUGCAGGCUUUGCAAAAAUGGUUUAAGGGAGACAAUGAACCCAACUCACCCAGAGAUUAUUCUUUCAAACCUUCGGAUAUGAGUGAAAUUGCUUCUGUUUCCGUAAGAGAAUUGGUAAGGGUCAUGGGUGGUCAGGAUUCACGCACUAGUAAUGGCAACAGUUCUCAACGUUCGGGUAGUCCCAUUAAAAUACCUUGCGAGGAGAAAGUGGUAGAUACGCCAAACAAUAGUGUACGUUCUAUGGAAACUUCGGAGGUUUCGAUGACUCAAGAUUCCAGUAACUCGGGACGUAGUGUUAAAGAUGAUUCAUCGCAGUCGGAUGGGGGAAACUUUGAUAUCAGUAAUUUAAGAAAAACUCAUUUUACUGCUAGCCAAACUGCUGCCUUGUUAUCAACACCUAAACAUUCGGCACGCAAAGGAGGAGCCGCCCGUAAGGGUACUAGCGCUGGAGGAGUAGGUGCACUCUCUUCAUCUUCUGAUACGGCAGGUUUAAAGGAAUCAGAUAUUUCGAAUUUAGAGGAAGAAAUGAAUUUAUUGCAAAUCACCACCACUACACCGGGAGGAGGUAGCACUACACAAGAUCAAAUACUGUUUGGAGAGGUGAGAACUACUUGCUCGACUGCUAGCACUGACAAUUCAAGUCCCCCCAUAUGGCCUGAACCUGUGGGAUCGGCCGGGGUAAAUGCACCUCAAAAUGCUUUUUUUAAAACAACAACACCAGCUAAGAAACCUCCCAUGGGUCCUAUAAAAAGAGCAAUGCCACCCUCAUUUGCUGAAAGUAUUAGAGCGGUAUUUGCUGCUUUUCUAUGGCAUGAGGGUGUGGUGCAUGAUGCCAUGGCAUGUGCCAGUUUCCUAAAGUUUCAUCCCAACUUACCGAAAGAGGGUACAACAGUGAUCACAAGACGAGAUCAUGGCGAUGGCAAACAACAGUUGUCCAAAGAACAAAAGGCUCAACAAAGACACUCGGUGGAAGUGGCUAAUGCUGGAAAUUAUCUAAAUAUUAGACCCUCAACCUUGGAAACUCUGACCAAAAGUGGCAAUUUCUCGGUAAAUAAUCGCAAAUAUCGCAAGGGUCAAUCAAGUGAUAAUCCUGAUGAUUUGGGGGAUAAACAAAAACUACAUUCCCUACCCGAAGUGGUAACAGUUUUGCCACCAGCUCUACGCAGCUUGGUGUAUCUGUGGGAACAUAUUUGCUCCAAUUGUGUGCACAUUGUGCAAUCGAAUUCUUUAAGUCAGGAAAGAUUCCAUUCACGGGAAUCUACAGCGGACAGCAGCAAAGAGAAAUCCACGACCAAAGACAAGGAAAACAAAAAGGGAAAGAAGAAAAAAGAUGAUGGUUCUUGGUGUGAAAUUUGUCAAAUAUUUCUACCCAUUCCAGUGACAUAUCACAUGCGUAUUGUUCACCCGGGCUGUGGUAAAUCUGCCAAGGGCAAAGGCUACAAUAGUGUGGGUAUUUUCUGUGAGGGAUGGGCCGGUAAUUGCGGAGAGGGAGGUAAGGGAGCCUCUAGUUGGUUUUUAAUGUGUGACGGUUGUCGAGAUAAAUACAUAUCGACAAAUAAAAAUACCAAUAAUCUGAACAAUACAAAUGCUGGUGGUCCAGGCACAGAGUUGAAUUUGUUUGGCAUUAAAACCACCACAUUGAUAGCCAAUUCGGAAAUCUAUACCACCAUGAGAGAGAAUGCAACAUUUCUGUUGGAAUUAUCUUCGAAUAUUUCGAAUUUGCCUACAGAUACAGGGCAUACAGCAGGAGGUCAUGCCACCACUAAACGUUCGCCCCAACAAAUGCCUGUAGUAGUGGAACAUCAGCACUUUAAUAUGAGUGAAAUGAAUAAACCCAGCACCAGCAGGGCGGAUGCACAAAGACAUAGUCGUGUGGGUUUAAGGAUUACUAAUAAAUUUGGAGGAAAUGUUACAUUCCGCAAAAGCUUUGGCGGUUCGGUUUCUCCAGAACAGCCUUGGCUGGCUCCAGAAACAUUUGCCUGUUUGGAAACUUUUGGACCAGCCAAUAAAGAAGAUUUGCCAUAUGAAAUUUUUGGCAUGGGAGCAAAUGAAAAUGGUUUUGAUAGGCCUUUAUCGGAAAUCUCUUAUGAAUCUUCUGAGCCCACUAACUAUGACAAUCCCAAUCAGGCCAAUUGUAUGUCUACUAGCGGCACUCUGUCCCGAUUUCAUCGCAGCUACUCUAUGGGUCAAGGUUGGGGUAUAGCUCAGCAACAAAAUGCUGGCAAUCUACGCGAAGAAUCCAUCUAUCCAAAGGUGGUAUUUCGUAAACGCAACAAUUCCACCUCUGAAAGUGAUGGUUCACUAUUGAUCUGCUAUCCUUCGGAGAAUUUAAGACGUUUGGUGCCCGAAGAUAUGCUUAUAGCUACAUCCGUGGUGCAAAAACCUGCAAAUGCAGAAGCUGAUGGCAAUGAAGCUUUGAAUAAAGAACAAAAAUUAGACUUCGAGGGAAGUAAGCAACAAAAUCAAAGGAAUAACUUGGAUGCCGAGGCAGCCAAUCAAAUAAGUAUAUUGUUGCAAAGGCCAGCCAUGGCUUUUAUAACCCAGAAACAUGAUUUGAAAAAGUUACGCAGUGCCAUGAAGAGAAGUCUACGUAUAGCCACUUGCCGCAACUAUUCAUUGCAGGCCCUUAAUUGGCUAUUACGUUCGGUUACCCAAAGUGUUUGUCUGCACGAUCUCAUGUGGUGGUUUGUUUCAUCACUAAGCAUUACGCCCACCUCAACUUCGGAUCAUAUUGAUGGUAAAUAUGAUGAACUGGAGCCAGCUUUAGAACAUCCUGUCUCCUAUACACAAAUAAGUGGACGUUUGUCUUAUAUGAUUACGGAAAGUUUGCAUACAUUUCUACAAUCGGUGGCUGAUUUGACUCUUUAUUUGCCAUUGGGCUCACCUUUACAACGCAUUUCCAUACAGUGUUUUGGCAUUAGAUUUAGACAAACAGAUCAUCAAUUUCUGCACAGUUCCCAUGUGUUUGGCAAUAUUUCAAAAAUACUCUCCAAAUCCGAUGAACAAAAUGAAAAUCCUGGAGUAUUUGGCUUAAACGAGGAUCUGGAUCCUAAAGAUGGUAACGCUAGUAAAGAUAUAUAUGCUGUACCCGAUGCCGGGGGCAAAAUAAUAUAUUACAGUGACCUUAAUGGUCAUUUCGAGGUUACCGUUUCUUCACGCCAAGCUAUGGCGGAAUCUUUAACCGAUAAUUCCACGGAAACUUUUUGGGAAAGUGAUGAAGAGGAUCGCAAUAAAAGUAAAAUCAUUGAAAUAUCCAUGAAUAAAUUAACCUAUUGCUGUAAAAUGCUGCUAAUUCACAUCGACAAUAGUCGUGAUAUACAAAAUAAAGUGUCAUCGGUGGUGUUUUAUGGUGGCCAGUCUUUGGGCGAUACCAGUCUCAUUAAAUCCAUUGAGGUGGAUGCUAAAGCCUGUACUUGGAUAUCGGCCAAAAUCAAUGAUGACAAUUUCACACACUUUCGUUUGGAAUUUACCGGACCGGAGAAUACUUUGCGUGUGCGUCAGAUAAAAAUAUUGGGUUUACCAGCUGCCAUGUGUGGUUCGGGAGAUCAGUUGGUUAAUCCGUAUGAGCUGGUGGCCAAUAAUUCGUCACAGGUGCAGGCUUUUAAGUAUAAUUUAAAGCUGACCAAUGCUGUACGCAUUCAGCAACAAAUAUGCGAAAGUGAAACUUUGCGCGUGUUUCGUUUGAUAACAGGUCAAGUCUUCGGAAAACUCAUCACUUUGGAAUCCGUCAAUGAUGAAAAUGCUGGCGGUUCUAGCGCGAUUGGAAAAAGUGGUUCACAAAAUGCUUUGGGCAUGGACACAAGUGCCAAUUCCAUGUUGGCCGAUUCCCUAGACUUAAGAGAGCACAUGGUGGGCAUACUCUUUUCACGCAGUAAAUUGUCGCAUCUCCAGAAACAAGUCAUCGUGCACAUUGUGCAUGCCAUUAAAAAAGAAGCUCGCAGAGCUAAAGAAGAUUGGGAUGCCGUCAAUUUAACCAAUACCCUAAGAGAUCCUAAUGGCACUGGGUCAAACAAUGACAAGGAAUCGAAAAUAGAUGUUACAUCAGAACGUAGUCGUACCCCGGAUACAUAUUGCUUUGAAAUGUUAAGCAUGGUAUUGGCUUUGUCGGGCAGCGUGGUGGGCAGAUCCUAUCUGUCUCACCAACAUGGUUUAAUUAAAGAUCUCUUGAGCCUUUUGCAUACCGGCAGCGAUAGGGUACAAAGACAGGUUACUGCUUUAUUAAGACGUAUUUUACCGGAGAUUUCACCCGGUACCUUUGCCGAUAUUUUGGGUGUACAACGUUUGCCACCCUCGGAUUAUAAUAUAGCCCAUCAAAUAGCGGUGGACUUUGAUAUGGAUAGUUUGGGUUUAUUGGAUAUCUUCUUGGCUGUUAUAGCCAAAUCAUUGCAAUUGCAGGUGAAAGUUAAAAGUGCUGGAGGAAAAUCGACCAUGGAAAAAACUCCUUCAUUUAUUAGGCUAUACAAUGCUUUGGAUUUGUCGGUGCAUUUGUUAAAGCCUCCCAAAUUAACCUUAAACGAUGAACAAGAUACAGUAGAGGGUGAAGAUACAUUUUCCCGUUCGGAAUAUGCUUUUGAAUAUGAGCGUAUGGGUAACAAGCAGGCCAGAAGCCUUAACAAGGAAACAGCUAAAAAGGAGAAUCCUAAAAAUCUUAACCACAGAUGGUUUUUAAAUGGCAUUAUACCCACUAAACAGGCGGAAAGUAUUAUAGCAUUAAUAAGGGACUUGGCAACGGGUAAACUGGGUGAUAAAUGGUCUCAAAUGACCAAGGCGGCUAUAGCCGAGGCUGUUUUAAACUUAACACGUCUAGAUGAAGUAUUCCGUUCUCCGGAAAAUUGUGUUAAAACUGCUACAUUGUGGCUGGCUCUGGCCAGUUUAUGUGUGUUGGAUAAUGAUCAUGUUGAGAAAUUAUCUUCGGGCCAAUGGGCCAUAUCUGAUACCAGACCUAUGUGCAAUAAUCAUGAUGAUGGUGAGACCUCAGCCAUUAUUCAGUGCGAAAGUUGUGGUUCGUUGUGUGGUGACUGUGAUCGUUUUCUACAUUUAAAUCGCAAAACAAGGACUCACAAAAGAACGGUGUGCAAGGAAGAAGAGGAGGCCAUACGCGUGGAACUACAUGAAUCUUGUGGACGCACUAAACUCUUUUGGCUGCUGGCCUUGGCUGACUCCAAGACCCUUAAGGCCAUGGUAGAGUUUCGUGAUGGUAGUCACACUAUUAUUUCGGGCUCUCAGGAUUCUGUGGGUCGCUGUCGUUUCUGUGGCAUCACCGGUAAUUCGGGUCUCCUUGAAAUCGGCAAUGUUUGUGCAGAUGCUCAGUGCCAGGAAUAUGCCGCCAAUUCUUGCAUGAAGACCAAACAAUGUGGUCAUGUUUGUGGUGGAGUGGUUAAUGAAAAGAAAUGUCUACCCUGUUUGCAGCAUGUGUGUCAUGCCCGUGAAAAUAAUGUGGUCGAUGGCGUAAAUGAACCAAAAUUGACUCAAGAUGCCGAUGACAUGUGCAUGAUAUGUUUUGUGGAGGCUUUGGCCUGUGCUCCUUCCAUACAAUUGGAAUGUGGCCAUGUCUUUCAUUAUCAUUGCUGCAAGGCUGUUUUGGAGAAACGUUGGAGUGGCCCGCGCAUAACAUUUGGUUUCUCCUUGUGUCCCAUUUGUAAGGCAGAUAUUAAACAUCCCAUGUUGGGAGAUAUUUUGGAACCCAUUAAUGGUUUGAAACAAGAUGUUAAACGUAAAGCCUUAAUACGCAUUAAGUACGAGGGCUUGGUUAAAGAUACCGAGGGUCGUGAUUUAACCACUUUGGCCAUGGACCGUUAUGCCUACUAUGUGUGCUUUAAGUGUCAAAAGGCCUACUAUGGCGGAGAGGCUAGAUGUGAUGCUGAAAUUGGUGAAAAAUUCAAUCCCGAGGAGCUAGUUUGUGGCGGCUGUUCAGAUGUGGCCAGAGCCCAAAUGUGCCCCAAACAUGGCACUGACUUUUUAGAAUACAAGUGCCGCUAUUGCUGUUCGGUGGCGGUAUUCUUUUGCUUCGGCACCACCCAUUUCUGUGACACCUGUCACGAUGAUUUCCAACGUUUAACCAAUAUACCCAAAAAUAAAUUACCCCAAUGUCCGGCUGGUCCAAAAGCUAAACAAUUGAUGGGCGAAGAGUGUCCUCUGCAUGUCAUACAUCCUCCCACUGGCGAAGAGUUUGCUCUGGGGUGUGGUGUGUGUCGUAAUGCCCAGACAUUUUAGCAUCACGUUGGCAGUGUGUUUGACAUGGAGUUCGUGAGACGUUGUAGUGGUAGUGAUUUUAAUGAAGUGCAAUUGGAAGAAUUAGAUAAUCGUCAUUGUCUGGAUUUGGAGGCCGGCGAGGAAGAAGGCGAAGAGGAACAAGAGCCGGAAGAAGAGGAGGCCAGUGACGAUGAUUAUGACUAGUCAUUAAUGAUAAUUAUUUAAAUUUAUUUACAUUUAGUUUAAGAUUUAACAUGAUAUUUAACUAUAUAUCAUAAGUAUAUACUAAUAUACUCACUUGCAAAGCCAUAAUAUGGUGAAUUUUUUUUAAAAUCUCAAUGUUUUAGCAAUUAUUUAAAUAAUCAAACUAUAUUCAACACAAUAAAUAAAGAAAUAUAAAGAAAUGUAAGAAUAAUUAUCUAUGAUUAUGAUAACAAA